CGGGCUAGAAAGAAGCGGAGCCCCGUCCAGGCCGGGCCAGUAGUGGAAUGCCUGUACAACAGUACUGUAGUAUAGUAAGGGCAUGGCUGGAUGACGUCAUUGAGCCCGGGGAGCGGAACAGGUGGGACUCCCUUCCCGCCACCCGUCCACAGCGGAGUCCAGCCCACCCAGAGCGCCAUGGAGUUCCCAGACCUGGGCGCCCACUGCUCGGAACCGUCGUGCAAGCGCCUGGACUUCCUCCCCCUGAAAUGUGAUGCUUGUGAACAGCUAUUCUGCACAGACCACGUUGCCUACGCCCAUCACAGCUGCACUUCGGCUUACAAGAAGGAUGUGCAGGUCCCUGUGUGCCCUCUCUGCAGCACCCCCAUCCCUGUGAAACGAGGAGAGAUGCCGGAUAUUGUUGUGGGAGCACACAUUGACCAGGACUGCAAAUCAGACCCUGCUCAACGUAAGCGGAAGAUCUUCACUAACAAGUGUCAACGGCCUGGCUGCAAGCAACGGGAGAUGAUGAAGGUUCUCUGUGACCAGUGCCAUGGCAACUUCUGCCUCAAGCACCGACACCCACUGGAUCAUGAUUGCAAGGGAACUGGGCAUUCGCUGUCCAAGGCUGGGAAUGCUGCAAUUGCCAGAGCUCAGAAGUCUGCCAAAGCACCUGCAAGCACAACAUCCAGCAGUGGAGCCGUGAAAUCUCUCGCAAACUUGCCAACCUCCAGCAGGGCUACUGAAAUGGCUGGAAUACCUCAGCCCCAAAGCACACCUCCCCCAGCUGUUGCCCUGCAGAAUGGACUGAGUGAAGAGGAAGCACUGCAACGAGCCUUGGAGAUGUCCUUGGCAGAGGUGGCGACUACCCAACCACAGCCCCACAGGUACAGCACAAGGGCAGCCCUUUUGGGCACCCAGGAGGAGGAGGAUCUGGCAUUGGCCCGGGCCCUUUCCGCUAGUGAAGAGGAAUAUCGCCAGCAGCAGCAGCAGCAGCAACAACGAGCUCGAAGCGCAAAACCGUCCAAUUGCUGCCUCUCCUGAGGGCAAAAAGAAUCAGCCAGCUUGGGAACUGUGCUUGGCCACAACGGUUCUUCCUCUGCUCUUGCUGAGGGUCCCUUCCUCUGCUGCUCCCUCAGCGCUGCUGACAAUGAACCAAAGGCUGAAUACCUCUCUGUUCCUCGUAGAGUCUCUCCUUGCCACACAGUUCUUGUUCCUCUACACUGUGACCCUAUAAAACCUUCUCUGGGGCAGCUGGCAACCUUUCUCCCACUCAAGUGGAGCAGCAGAAGCCAUCCUCAGUCACUUCAGCAGAACUAUGGCUAGCCGAGGUCGUAGAAGAGGAAAUGGACUAGCAGGCAGUACUGGCAAGGAUGGAACUAAAUCUCAUCCUGCUACAGUGGGGUGGCUGGGGAGGGGGCGACGGAGUCCCAAAGCUGAGGGGAGUUUAAGGCAAAUGAACUAAGUGCCUGCCUCUUAUUUCUCUGUCUGAGGAAUCCCCCGGUUUGUCAGCAGGUGGUGCUCAAUGCUUUCAGUGUGAGGGUUUUCUUACCAGAUUUGUGUAUGUUUUUUGGGUGCUGCUGAGGCUUCUUCUAGCUACCCGCUUAAGUGGGAGGCAUGUCUUCCUGAAACAACAGUUGUACAGCUUUUCUGUCAAAUGCUGACUUAACAGUUGCUGCUUUAGUAACAGCAACACUUGGAUCACGCAAUGGCGGCAGCCCUCCACAGAGAAUAGAUUCAUGGCAGUGUCACAUCUGUCUCUGGAGCAUGAUCCAUAUAAUCCUUUCUCUGCUGAGGACUGAUGGCCAAAUCUUCUAUGCUCAUACGUUUUGAAUAACACUGAUUCUGCUUGCUCCUUGCCAGAACACGAGCCCUUAGCCCUCUUUGGGAGAGUCUGCCAAAGAGCAGCCUUGAAUUGAAGUGACCAGCAGGCACGUUACUGCCCUAUAAUUACAGUGGUGCCCUGCAUGACGACGAUAAUCCGUUCCAUAGAAAUCACUGUUUAGCGAAGACAUCUUGCAAAAACCAUUUCCCCAUCGGAAUGCAUUGAAACCUAUUUAAUGCGUUCCAAUGGAGAAAAAUCGUCAUCCUGCAAAGAUCGCUCAUAGGGAAGCCAUUUUGCAAACCACUGAUCAGUUGUUGAAAUGGCUGCCCUGUGAAGCAUCGGUCCUGAAAAC